CCCUCGCCCCUUUCGCGGCGCAGAGACCUUCAAGGGGCGGGCUGGGGCGCAUGCGCGCUGUGGAGCUGCGUGUGUCCUCUGUGGAGCGGGAGCCAUGGGGCUGGGGCAGAAUGGCGCCGUGCGGGUUGAAUGGAUUGCUGCAGUCUCCUUAGCUGCUGGAGCAGCUGCUGUUGGGUAUCUAGCUUACAAAAAAUUUAUCUCUAAAGACAAAUGCUGCAAGGCAAUGGUGAAUCUCCAUAUCCAGAAGGAUAACCCCAAGGUAGUCCAUGCAUUUGAUAUGGAAGAUCUGGGAGACAAGGCUGUGUACUGUCGUUGCUGGAGAUCUAAGAAGUUCCCGCUGUGUGAUGGCUCUCACACACAGCACAACGAUGAAACUGGCGACAAUGUCGGGCCUCUGAUCAUCAAGAGGAAGGAGGCAUAGAGUGGACAGUAGAAGUUGCAAAAUGAAUGUCUGACAAAUCCUCUGCUCUCUUGUAAUUGGGGAAAAGCCACAAAUUCAUUGUCGUGUCACUGAAGAAUUUCCGGUGUAGUUUAUACAUCAGGCAUGUUAAUUUUUUCUGGGGCUUGUCUUGUUUUAAUCACUACAGUGCAUAAUUUACUAACUAGUCAUAGUUUAAAUUUUUUGUCCUGUAAUGUGUGUGUUCACUCUCAUUGAGUAUGAAGCUAAACUGACGUACAGAAUGUAUGAGGCCAUUCAGCGGAAGUCAUAUUCAGAAGGCAGAUCUUAAUGUUUUUGAGAGGUUUGAAAGUUAUAUGUCUGGAUAGAGUUCCACUUAAAAAGCAGUGGCAAGAGAGAAAUCAUGGUGCCAAAAUGCAGCUUAACUUGUAAUUAUGCUGCAUUUUCCACAGGUGUUAUGUUUGGCCUAUUACACUACUGUUUUGUGUGGGCUCUGUAAAAGAACACGCUUAAAAUUGCUAACUAGGAACAGACAGUGUAAAAUGCUUAUAGCACGAUGGGGCUAAAGGGCAACUUUGCCUUUGAUUUUACAGCGGUGUUGAAACUUGACCCUACUCCUGUGUGGUAUCAUGAAUGUACUACCAGAACUGCAGACCUGUAUUCAGAGCAGGAUUAGGAAGACUAUCUCUAUGACAGCUUUCUCAAUAAACAAGUGGAAGGAUAUGCUCUGAGUGAUGGAUGAAGGGUUCCAGGGUUGUUUUUGCUGCUAGAAAGCCUUAGUUUCCUUUGCAGUCUCUGACAGUGGAGCUAACUUCCCCAGACCUCAGGACAGGGAGGCUAUGCUGAUUUAUUCCAGAAGCUAAAAUAAAAAGUAAAACCCCACCCACUGCUUCAUCAUUGCUCUGAUUGGUUCCAGAAGAUGCUUCCCACUGCUGCAGAGGGAGCAGGCACACCUUUCCUUAUUAAGUGGCCUUAGGCUCUUUGUGUCUUAAAUAGCUCCUGCUGUCCUGGGCUCACUGCUAAUGUGGAUCAGCCAAUUUUACCAAAACAACAAACUUGGUCAGGCUUUGGUGACAGGCAGAAAUAUGGAGAAAAAGAAGGAUGAGGCAAGGAGGACUCAUGUCCUCCUUUUGUAUGGCACUCAUCUGCCUUAUCUAACACAGUUGCACUAAUGGCCACAGGUCUCCUUAAUUAGCUUUUGAUUUAUCAGUGUGUAAAUAACUACAAAGCAAAACCCAAAGAGUGUGGUGGCAGAGGGCAGUUUUGUAUUAAACCUGGUCCACUGGCAUAAUUGCAGCACAUAUAAGAUUCACUUCUUAAUGUCAGGAGAGAGAAAGGCUACCUCAAAGCUAGAGAAAACGUCUUCUCAAGAAGUUGAAAUUUUAACCGUAAAGGUUCUUCCAGAUCAUUGGGGCAGUAGGAAUUGUAUUUUUGUUAAGAGUAUGUUUGCUACAACCAGUUAAGAUUAGAGAAAAUGAUUUGCUUAUCCUCAGUGUGAGACUUUCAGAGGCUGAGGUCUUAGCUCAGCAGUUUGAACUUUGGCAGAAGGCACAGAAAGCAGAGUAGGCAGCAUAGAUGUAAAGGAAGGAGGGUUUGCAGGUAGAGUACUCUAGUGGGGUCAACUACUGUCUGUGAGAGACCUCUACUUGUAAGAAGCUGUGGUUGAAUAUAUUUAGUCUCAUCUUUCUCUUCCUGUCUUGACUUUAAAGGUACCUGUUAUUUUUUUUUUUUUACUUUGCCAAGUACUGAUGCAUAUGGAAAAUUGUUUUAAUCUUAAAUUAUCAAAUACAUUUGUUUUAUCCAAAACAAAGUUCUUUCUGUAUUACUAGAAUAUGGCACUGGAUAUUUCUGUAUUUCUUUCAUAUAAACACAUUUGAACUCAUCUUGAUCUCAAGGUUGUAAUGUGUGUGUUCUCAUAGGUGUGCUGUUUGUUUCGAGGAAGAAUUGCGCUGUAAGUAGUGCUGUAUUCCAGUGCUGCUGUAAUCAUAAACCUGUGUCUGGGUUGGGUUUUCCUUCUGAGAUUUCCUGUUAGCAGCAAAGUCUGGCUGCUUUGGAAGGAAUGAAAUUUCACUGAAAAUUGCAUUCGUGUUUUAAGAGAUGAAGUCCUGAAAUCUCAAAUGGGUCUUCUGAGUCAUAAGACUGUUCUGAGUUUGACAGUAAAACACUUCAUGGUGUUUGAGCAUCAGGGAAGUGGGCUCCACGAGAAGCUCUUCUCCCUGAGAGGAGAAGAUGCAGGGGCAGAAUCUUUGCUGAUGUACAUCUUGGUGAGUUUGUUUUGGUGAAGUGUCACAUUGAAGAAUGUUGACAUCAAGUGUUUGUGGUUUAUUUCAAUGCACAUACAGUUUUCUGUACUGUACCUAAGAGUUUCUGCUACUUGUAUAUGUGAGCUGUUAGAACACGAUAAUGAAAAGAGAUGCCUGAAUUUGAGUAAAUAAAAUUGCUGGUAGUCUUGAAGAGCA